GCGGCGGCGUGGUGCUCCUGCCGGCCGGGGUGUGCGUGUGUGCCUGUGCGUGGCUGCGCGCCGCUGCGCGCCUGUAACCUCUGUACCACUCGGGUCACACAGUUGCGUGUGGAUCCGGCUGCUCCCCGCGCCGGCCGGGAUCGCGUGUCCUAGCGUGGCCGGUUCCCGCUGAGGUCCCGAGAAGAGCACCGAAAAGAAAUGAAUGUCAGAGAGGAUUUGUUUAAUCAUUUAACAGCUGACACAAGCCAUGUCCCUAACAAAACAGUGGUGAAAGAGUAGAAGAUUUCUGGGAUACAGCAGCUCCGGUACUGUGAAGCCGCUUCAGCAGGUCGGGGGCAGCGUUCGCUGAAGAAUGCAGUAGCCCAGGAGCCAGGGCUGGCCUGGACGAGGUCGAUGGCUUGCAUGGAGCUUCUCUACCUGGCCGAGGAGAGCAGGCAGGCGCCCCUGGGCACCGCUACCGGCUGGAGCAUGCCCUCCCCUCCCUGUGAGCAACAGCAGCAUGAGGGGGGUGAGGUGGACCCCAGAGCUGCCGCUGCCGUGGCAGCCCUGCGCUGCAAAAGGCAUUGCAAGCCCUUGCAGAGGGGCCCUGUGGCUGAGCCUCCUGUGGCACCCCAGCACUCACCCCCAGGCACCUCACCCCAGGAACACCCUGCACCCCCUGGCACGUCCCAGCCCUGCCACCUGCCCAACCUCUUGCCCAGGGAAGAGAAUGGAGGGAAGAAGAAAGCCUGCUGCUGUGCCCAGGAACUGGAGACAUCGUUCACUUACGUGGAUGAAAACGUAAACCUGGAGCAUGCAAGAAGCCCCCCCAGUCCUACAGGCAGCCGCUGCCAGGAUGCUCCUCUGCAGCAGCGUUCCUGCAGGGAGCUGCCGCCCGAGUGGGUGCACGAUUCUCCUUCCCUGGCCUCCGAGGAGGACGAUGCUGCCUCAGAGGCUGCAGCUGGGAAAUCUGUGGACUACGGGUUCAUUAGUGCCAUUUUGUUCCUGGUUAGUGGCAUUUUGCUGGUGAUCAUUUCCUACGUGGUACCCAGAGAUGUGACUGUGGAUCCCAACACCGUGGCUGCCCGGGAGAUGGAGAGGCUGGAGAACGAGAGCGCAAGGAUCGGGGCUCACUUGGACCGCUGUGUUAUUGCCGGGCUAUGUCUCUUAACCCUGGGGGGAGUGGUGCUCUCCAGCCUGCUGAUGAUGUCCAUGUGGAAAGGGGAGCUGUACCGGAGGAGCAGAUUUGCGUCCUCCAAGGAGUCUGCGAAGCUCUAUGGGUCUUUCAAUUUCAGAAUGAAGUCUGGUGCAAACGAUAAUAUGCUCGAGCUGUCAUUAGUUGAGGAAGAUGUGCUUGCCAUAGAUAAUUAGUAUGGUCAUGAUUUUUAAGGCAGCAUUUCACAGGAAAAUAUGUUUCAUUAAAGAAAACAGAUGCAGCUAAAGAUAGCUGGUGAUGCAGUUUAUUUGUCUGACAAGAAUGGUUUUUUUCUUAAGCUCUAUAAUCAAAUGUUUGCAGUAUAUGAGCACUUGUUGUAAAGGAAAAACGUGCCAGAGAAAAUGCAACUAAUAUAAAAUAAUGAAAACCACUGAAUAAAAAGAGAUUUGUGAUAA